GUGAAAAAAAACCCCCUCCAUUUUGUAUAUAUAGAUCGUUUGUAGUACACACUUUUCACUGCAAACCAACAAAUCAAUGGAGUUUUCCGAUGAGUCUCUUUUCAACGCCUCUCUCCUCACUCUCUUCAUCAUGGGCCCACCCACUUUCAUAGCCUGCCAAUUCCUCACUGCCCCAUAUGGCAAACACCACCGUAAGGGCUGGGGCCCCACCAUCUCUCCACCGCUGGCCUGGUUCCUCAUGGAAAGCCCAACUCUCUGGCUCACUCUCUUUAUCUUCCCGUUUGGCAAAAAUUACCAUGACCCAAAAGCCCAUAUCCUCAUUUCACCCUUUCUGUUUCACUAUUUUCACCGCACUGUAAUUUACCCUUUAAGACAAUACUUGAAAAUCCGGCGCCGGAAAACCGCCAGUGGUUUUCCGGUGAGUGUGGCGGGGAUGGCGUUUGGGUUUAAUGUGUUGAAUGCGUAUUUGCAGGCGAGAUGGGUUUCUCAUUAUGCUGAGUUUGAGGGGGAUGAGUGGUUUUGGUGGCGGUUUGCCGGCGGGUUGGUGGUUUUUGUGAGCGGUAUGGCGGUGAAUGUACGGUCAGAUAUGGUUUUGUUGGGGUUGAAGAGUGAGGGGGGUGGGUAUAAAAUACCCAGGGGUGGGUUGUUUGAGUGGGUCAGUUGUCCUAAUUAUUUUGGGGAGAUUGUGGAAUGGGCCGGGUGGGCUAUGAUGAGCGGGUCUCGGGUCGGGUUCGGGUUUUUUGCUUAUACUUGUGCUAAUUUAGUGCCAAGAGCAGGUGCUAAUCAUAGGUGGUAUUUGGAGAAGUUCGGGGAGGAUUAUCCGAAGAAGAGAAAAGCUGUGAUUCCGUUUGUGUAUUGACAAAAGAAUAGUGUUUGAUGAAUGACAAAAAUGAUUAUAAUACGAAGCUUUUGUUUGUUGUUUUUC